AAAUUAUACUGUGCAUCGGCUUCCUAUAAUAAAACCUGACGUUAAAAAAUACAUUUGUGUAGCAUGAAUUAAGUUAAAUCAUGAAUUCAAGUCUUCGUGGUGACUGGCCAUAAAGAGAACGAUUAAAUCUUAAAGAAAUAAUGCUCCAGAAAAAGUGUUAAAUACAUUGCCUUAGCUAUGGGGUUUCUUAAUUUAAAAAUAUUUUUUUGAAUAUCGAACAAUGUCUUCAGAAGUAUCAUUGAACGGACUUGAUAGACCAACUUUUCUUCGUAGAUUUAGUACGGGUUGCAUUAGGGCAGCGUGUUCACAGAUUGGUUUGGUUAUUUUAGUGAUAGUUUAUGUGCUUUUUGGUGCAUUUCUUUUCGAAUAUCUGGAGUCGGUGCCGGAGGUUCAGAAGCGAUCAGCCAUACAGCGUUCCAGAGAAGAAUGUUUAAAAGAACUAUGGGCGAUUACAGAGCGUCUGAACGUUCUGUAUGAACGUAAUUGGACAAGGCUCGUGCAUGAGCAGUUACGAAAGUUUGAGUCAUCAAUAGUGGCAGCUGCAAGACAGACAGAUGCCUAUUCCGCUGAACUAGCCUCUGACUCAAAAUGGACAUUCUCCGGAGCUCUCAUCUAUUGCAUAACUCUUAUAACUACAAUAGGAUAUGGUAAUGUAUCGCCACGAACGGCCGCCGGGCGAUUGGCGACAGUAGCGUACGCUGCGGCUGGCGUGCCACUUACCUUGGCAUGUCUGGCCGGUCUGGGAGCGUCUUUAGCUCGACUGGCGAGAUUAGCCUGGCUACGAGCAACUGGAGACAAAGUACCUAAUACGUGGAGAAAAGAUGGCGAGCUGGAGAACCACUUCCAGUUACAUGAACAACAGCGUCUACUUCCCCAACCGCUGGAACACAAUCAGUACACGUCGUUCCCACCAAGAACCCACAGGUCUUUAGGCACGGUCAAGGCCAGGGCAGGAGAUCGUGGACAAUACUGCCAGGUCUUCGAGAAGGCUCCUCUUAGUCCACGGGCGGCUACUUUGGGGCGGAAACGAAGAGCCGUUGUUGAAGAACCUCAUACAUCAUCAGCUCUUCAGACACAGACUCUAGAUAGAAAACGUACCGGUCAGAAGUGUUUGGCAACGGUCCACGGACAUGCGGGGAGCAGCGGCGUGAGGGGUGCGGGGGUGAGGCGAGGGAGAGGCAGUAGGGGGGCAGUCAUCGAACAACUCAUAGCGGAAGAGUGUGGAGAAGUUUAUAAGAACCAGGAGGAAGUUGACUCCGAAGACGCUGAUGAAAGAAUAUGUCAACACGACACGCCAUCAAGAGUGCCUUUGAUAUGGAAUGAGGAACAUCACAAAACUAAGAACUGUCCAGCUCCGAGCAGCUCGUCUAAGACAGUUAAUCAUCAGAAUCCCAAUCUGGAACACUGUCAUAUUCCAAUAGGUAUCGUUUUAUUCCUACUGUUAGGGUACAUCUGCGUCGGAGCGAUUAUAUUUUCCGUGUGGGAGGACUGGAGUUUCCUCGACGCUGCCUACUUUUGUUUCAUCGCAUUGGCCACAAUCGGCUUCGGAGAUUUCGUGCCCACCAGCUUCCUCACUAAACAAGGAAGCGAAAACUCUAGGAGCGAAUACGUGCAGAUAAUAGCGUGUUGUGCCUACAUCGUGUUCGGGCUCAUCCUGAUAGCGAUGUCGUUCAGCUUGGUGCAGGACGAGGUCGUGUCUAGGUGCACGCAGUUAGCCAAUAUUUUGGGACUAUCGAGACAAUGACAUUACCAGAAGAGCGAAUGUAGCUCUGCGGACAAUCGGCUAAGGAUGUUAUGAUUAUUGUUGUACUGAGACACUUUAACCGUCGAGUACCACUUCUUAAUGUUAUCUAUAUAAUAUAUUAUUUUAAAAAUAUGCAAUAAAUCGAAAUGAUUGCGUUGAAUGUAACUUUGUACCGUAUCCUUUCCUUAUAACAUGUUUGUGAUGUAAAUAAUGUAUAAAAACAUAUUCAUAAAAGCA